UAAAUAUGAUGUGUGUCUGUGACUCGUGAGAGCCAGAGACAGUCACAGAGAGAGAGAGAGAGAGAGAGAGAAAGAGAGAGCGAUCUGCCGGUACAAAUUCUACUUAAUUUUCUCCGUUUCAUUCAUCUGCUACGCUCAGUGAGGCAGCGAGGCAGUGAUAUCUUCUGACGGUGGAGACAGGAGGAGUCUCAGAGAUAGAGAGAAAGCGAGCGCUUUCUGAUCGGUGAUCAGUUUCUCUCUGUUCAGAGGUUGGAAGGAAUAUUAAGGAGGAGGGGCACUGGACGACGAUCUCCUAUCUCUGUUUGCUCUGCUUCAUUUCUCUAUCUGAGAAUAAUAUUUGUCAAUUUUUGGAAUGGACGAGCGGCAGACGCCACACCCACAGACUGAUGCUAGUGCUUCAGAUAGAACUCCCACUGUUGUGUUGGAUAUUGAGAGCCUUGCACAACCCUCAGAUAGAAGCUCAGGAAGCCCCAAAAUGACAAGAGCACUCUCAAGAAAAUGGUCUUAUCGAGCAGAGAGAUUUUUUAAUACUGACGAGGAAGACACAGAUGAACCCUCAAAGAAACUUCUAGUGAAAGUGAACUCUCAGUUGGAGCCCUUGAAGCAGUCAUUGAUCACCGUAAAAGCAAUCUCGGCAGCCUCAAAUGCUCUUACAGGCUCCAAUCUCAUUGACACAGGGGAUGGACGGAGCAAGAGGUUGAAUCGCUUUAUGGCAAUCAACCCUCGGAAGAUCCUUUUCAUAUUUGCAACACUGUCCAGUAUGGGCACAUUAAUCCUCAUAUACUUCACACUGGCCAUUAAUAGAACAGUUUGAUAAACCAUGGAUGGAGCUGUGCUCUGCAUUUACUUAUAUGAUCGCAGCAUUCUCUCUCGCACCAGUUGGCCUCGGACUUUAAUUUUCUGAUGCAGCCUUAAUUUGUUGGUAGCUGUGUGUGCUGGGGAUAACUACUGCAUAUCCAUGAUCCAUGCUGCAAUCUUGAUCUAACGGUUGGUCUGCCUCUGCCCGCCAGUUGAGGAGAUCAAAUAUCAGUAUAUAUGAUUGUUGUUAAAUGAUCCAGCGUUUUCAGCUCACCAACUGCGGAACUUAUGUGCAUGGUCCGGAGCUGGCUAGGUUAAUUUUGCUGUGAUUCUUGUUUUCAACGCAAAAGGGUUGUAUUCUAUACAUAAAAAAACCUUUCAAUUCCCA